CCCUCUUUUUCACUCUCUCAAUUCAAUUGAUUUUGCAGCAAAAAUGAGCAUUUCCUCCAGACUUAAGCAAGAAGAUGAUGGAAAAUCUCGGUUGUUAAAUCUUCCUGAUGAGUCUCACGACGAGAUCUUCUUGAGGUUACCAGCAAAAUCCAUCUUAUCAUCAAGGUGUGUAUGCAAACAUUUUUAUAAUCUUCUUUCAAAACCUAGUUUCAUCAAAAAUCAUGUUAAUCGAAAUAAAAACAACAACCCUAACCUCUUGUUCAAGCAUCACUCGGGAAGUUAUGGCCCAAUGAUUUACUCCAUAGGUAUUGAUUAUGAUGCUUUAUUGUUACCAUCGUCAACAACAUCAGCUGAAUUUGACGGAUCUGUUAUGAUAAACUACCCAUUUAAACCUAAGAGUUUAAAUGCCCCUCAUAUUUUGGGUUCAUGCAAUGGCUUAAUUUGUUUAAAGAUUCAUAGUAUUGUUAAUAUAGGUAAUCUUGUGAGGAGUCGUUUUGAGGAGACCGAUUAUUUUAGUAUUUUGAACCCAUUGACAAGAGAAUUCAAGGAAUUUAAAAAGUCUGGAGAUGCUGGUUAUGACAUUAGCUAUGGAUUUGGUUAUGAUAGCAAAAUAGAUGAUUUCAAACUAGUGAUGGUAUCACUUUAUGCAAAAGGUUGCGUCAAAUUUGAUGUUUAUAAAGUGAAAUCAGAUUCAUGGAGUAGUUUUCCCAGCACCGUCAAUUACUCAUUUCGUAAAAAGAAUGGUGUGUUUUUCAAUGGAUGUCUUCAUUGGUUGGGAAGUAUCAAAACUCGCGGAACCUCCUCUGAAGUUAUAGUCUCUUUUGAUAUUAGCAACGAGACAGUGUUGGAGAUGCCAUUACCUGAAAAUAUUAUGCCACCUGUGGAUUAUUCCGGAAAAGUUUAUAAAAAUGUGGGAUUGUGGGGAGGCUGCAUUGGUAUUGCUUUUAUUUGGAAUUCAGUUAGGAUUGGUGUGUGGGUGAUGCAGAAAUACGGCGUAAAAGAAUCUUGGAUCAAAAAAUAUACCUUAACCACAGCUCAACUACCAUCGCCCUCGCACAAAAUUACAUUUUGGAGGCCGCUAUGGUGUUUUGACAAUGGGGAAAUACUAGUAAAUGCUGAAGGCAAUCAAUUACAUUUAUAUGAUCCAACAACAGAAAGAGUUAGAUCGGUGGUGAUCCGUGAUAUUACUAUGGACAAUAGUCGGGAGAGUUAUGUGGAGAGCAUAGUCUCAGUUGGCUCUGGUACUUUUAUGGAGAAACGGGUUACAGAUGGGGACAUGAAAAAUUCCGAGCGACAACGGUUGAGCAGCAAAAAUGAGGCAAAGAGAAGCAGUAUGUCUGAUGUUAAAUCUUCCUGAAGAAGUCCACGACGAGAUCUUUCUGAAGCUACCAGCGAAAUCCAUCUUGGUGUCGAGGUGUGUCUGCAAGCUUUUCUAUAAUCUACUUUCUAAACCUAGAUUUAUCAAAAAUCAUGUUAAUCGAAAUAUUCUGUGCAAGAGCAGCAACCCUAAACUCUUGUUUAGUCAAUCCUAUGGAUUUAACCCCCCUCUGAUUUACUCUAUACAUGUAGAUUAUCCUUCAAUUUCAUCAACACCACCAUCAGAUGGGGCUGUUCUGAUAAAUUACCCAUUUGAAUCAUGUUAUUGAAAUUUUGGGUUCAUGUAAUGGCUUGAUUUGCUCAAGUAUUCGUAGUAUUGAUAGAACUAAUCUUCAGAAAUUUGUUAUGGAGACUAAAUUCUGUGUUCUGAACCCAUUGACAAGAGAAUUUAAGGAAUUUAAAAAGCCUGGAAAGUAUUAUGCCGAUGUUACCUAUGGAUUUGGGUAUGAUAGCAACAUUGAUGAUUACAAACUGGUGAUGACAUCAAACUAUGAAAGAGAUUGUUGCUAUAUAAUUGAUGUUUAUACAGUGAAAUCAGAUUCAUGGAGUAGUAGUAUUCAAGGCAUGGCUAAAUUCUCAUUUCCCAGUGGUAAAGGAUAUUGUGGUGUGCUUUUCAAUGUUUGUCUUCAUUGGUUGGCAAGUACGGGCACUCACAAAGUAUCGUCCGAAGUUAUCUUCUCUUUUGAUAUUUGCAAUGAAGUGGUGGUGAAUAUGUCUUUACCUGAAAAUAUUAUGCCGCCUACAGAUUAUUCAGGAGAAGUUUAUAAAAAUGUGGGAGUAUGGGGAGACUGUGUUGGUAUAGCUUUUCUUUGCAAUUCAGUUAGGAUUGACGUGUGGGUGAUGCAGGAGUAUGGAGCGAAGGACUCUUGGAUCAGAAAAUAUACCACAACUCAACUGCGGUUGCCCUUUCCCUUGCAAGAAAUUGCGUUUUGGACGCCGCUUUGGUGCUUUAACAAUGGUGAAAUUCUAGUAGAAACUGGCAAGCAAAUACUUUUAUAUGAACCAAAAACUGAAAGAGUUACAUCGGUGGUAGCCCGUGAUAUUGUUAUGGACAAUAGUCGGCAGAUUUAUGUGGAGAGCAUAGUCUCACUUGGCUCUGGUACUUAUCUGGAGAAACUGAUUACAGAUGAGAUCGUGAAGAAUCCCGAGUGACAAUGAUUAAGGUCUCACUCAGCACAAUGGUUUUAUACUCCAGUGCUAGAAAGACCAGCGCGUUAUGCCCGAAAACCAGAAUUGAAUAGGUACUGUUGGAGAGAAGGCCCUAAGAUCUCAUCAUUUACAACAAUGAAUCUCUGUCCUAAGUGAUUAAAUGGUGGUCUGCUAUGCUAUGCAUUUUGGUAGAUUUUACAUUGUCCUUCACAUUUUAUUUGUUUUUGUCAAAUGCUGCACAAGGAAACCAGGAGGAAAUGUAGCUUUUAGCCGAUGACUUUAAAAUAUGCUGUGAUGUUCAUAUUUUCUGGCAAAUGUAAUAUGAUUAGAAUAAAUAAGUUCUUUCCAUUUUGUUAUUCACUUUGCUCCAUAAUUCAAUGUCCAGUUUCAUUGUA